AGAAAACUAAGAAAGAGAAGUGAACUAAAGCAGCAGCGAGCUUCACAAGUAACGUCAGAACAAACCUUCGAUGUCCUUUAACAUCUCCUCGUCUCCUUCAGUCCUGGAGAUCCUGCAGCUGGUGAAGAAGCGGGACCUCCUCCUGGCCGACACUCACAUCCUGGAGCUGGAGCAGGAGUGUAACGAGUCCGCCGAGCCGGAGGACGCCGCCAGCCCGAGUGUCAAAGACGGCGGCCGCAGGAAGGCGAAGGACGUGGAGCUGCUGUACGAGGAGCUGCAGAAGGAGCUGUGGUCCGUGGUCAGGGAGUCCCUGCGGUCCCCGACGGCCGGGCCGAACCUGGGCCUGGUGGUUCAGGUGCUGCAGCAGGAGGAGCAGACUGAUAAGGACUGGGCCCUCAGCGAGGUGGUGGCCCCCGGGGGCCCGAGGCCUCGCCGUCUGAAGCAGAGGUGGAAGGAGGCGGUGGAGGAGGCAGCCGACGGCUCUCUGCCUCAAAAGGCGGAGUUCACGGAGGGAGAGCUGGACAAAUACCUGGACCGCCUCCGAGCCCGGGUGGUGGAGGACCUGGAGGCCGCCAAGAGGAACGUGGUGUCCAUUUACCCCGAAGAGUACCAGCCCUUUCAGGUGUACGUGCAGAGCUACCACCAGGCGGUUGCUAGGCGACUGCAGGCCAUCACUGGCACCUCGCUGGAAAUCACUGACAUCUACUCUCUGCUGGACUGGCUGCACAAUAUUUACAACAGAGACGUUCUGGGGACGGUGUGCAUCACAAGUCCGUUCUGCCGCUCUGAGCUCUGUCCUCUGCUGGCCUCAGAGACCGUGGACCGACUGGAACUGGACUGCCUCAACUCUGUCAGGGCUAAAGUGACCACAGAGUUGAGUCAGGUCCUGGACGAAGAGGAGAAACGAUGGAUGGAGUCGCUACACAUCGAGGAGUAUCAGAUCACUCUCGCCAAGACCGUCAUACAGAGGCUGCAGGUCGAUCUGGAGCGUUCUGCCUCCAUCAACAACAGUUUGGGCUCCAGAGUGGCUCAAUGCAGCCUGAACGGCCUGGCCGACUUCCUGUACAGUUUCCAGCGAAAAGUUGAGAUGUUUCACGAAGGGAUGCAGAGCGGCAUGUUCGGAGACAACGAGGACGGAUACGUGUCCAAAACAAUCGCGCUUGUCAACUGCUGCCCUCCGUUUAGGGGGUUCGUGCAGCGCUGUGCUCAGUGUGAUCCGUCGGUCAGCGAGGACUCUCUGCGUCGAGCCAACAAAGCUCUGGAUCACAUCAUCCAGCAGGGAGUCAGAGUACUGUCUGAACACCUCUACCUGCACAUCAGGCCGUUCUUUGAGCGGCUGGCAGGAGAUCCUCAACAUCGUCAAAGACAUAGAGAGCAGCGAAGGUGUGGGCGGCGGCGGCGGGUUGGCCCGGCUGUCCCGGGACCGCGCCCUCUUCUCCGAGGUGCCGGUCACCUCUGAGGUCCACUGCCUGAACGUAGGCCUGAGCCGCAUCGCCCUCACCGCCUCGUCCUGCUUCAGCACACUGCGACCACGGCGACGCAAGACCCGAACGCCGGUGCAGGAAAACCCUGAUGACGUUCUGUGAGUGGCGGAGGUUAAAGACAGAAGAAGGAGGGACGGUGUGUGAAGACGAGAGACUAACAUGGGAUCAACUUUUAAUCAUUUUGAUGUUUUGAUUUCAUGAAAACUGAGUUCAAACGAAGACAAAACUGGACUGGAAGUCAAUGGAUUGGUGAACAGUUUGUGCCACAUUGAUCAAGAAUUAAUAAUCAAAUUUAUCGAAACAAGACAAGUUGAUUUGAAAUCAGAAAAACGCUGUUAGAUAAUAACAAAUUAUUAGAUAUAAAAAUGCACUUUUCUCAACAGGAUUGAUUUAAAAUAAGAUUAUUGAUGGUUAAAUCCUGAUCGCAGUGAUUUCUGGUAGUCUUUGGUUGUAUUUAGAUAAUUUAAUAACCAUAUAAAGGUUAAAUAUGGAAGUGGAUGUCGCACUGAAACUCUCCGACCAACAUAAAACCGUCUUUAGUCUUUCCAACAAUCACCAGAUUAAGCCUUUACAGCCCCUGGGAUCUGAUUUAAACUCACAUUUCAAACCUCACGUUGUUGAUUUUCUGCACCUGUGAGUUCAGAUGAGGUGUGUUUGUGUUGUUCGCGGGUGCGUUCGGCACAGUUUGACAUUUUCCUGCAGGAUCUGGAGGAUCAGUAAAAAGGAAACCAGUUCUCCGGACUGAAGUGCCUUAUGGGACGCAGACAGGAAAAAGGAGGACUGAACCACACGAGGAUCCUUCUUAUAAAAGAGGAGUUUUAGUUUAUAAUCCCAGAGGCUUUGUGGGAGUUGUAGUUUUAUUAUUGCACAUGAUAGAAGACUGUUAAUCAAAGGUACUAGACGAUGCUCUGUGUAUUUAAAGCAGUGAUUAUAACUCCAGCUCUUUGGUGUGAUGAUGUUAAUAAACAGAAAUAUUAUUUUUUGCUGAUUUAAACAGUUUUUCAAUGUAGAGAAAUAAAAAGGGAGGGCUCACUCUGCUUAUAUUUGAGGGACAGAACUACAGAUUUUGAUUCCCUCAGUUCCACAUUUAAUGUUUUUAUGUUUUUCUAAAUUCCUGCUGAUCGUUUUUUUUUCCAAAAACCAUCUGAAACAUACAGAAAAUAUAACGGUGUAGUUACACAAUCUGCCCACCGGAGGGCAGCGUCCACACACCCUAAGACAUUCUUCUUCUACUCAGUUCUCCGCUGUAAAUGUGGAUGUAUGAAAUGAAUCUUUCUGUACAGCGAUCAAUAAAAACGAUAUAAGUUC